AUGCAGCUGCUGUGGGCAAUCCUCAUAGGAAGUGCCCUCGCUUCCUCCAUCCCGGAUUCUCAUCAACUCCGACUUCCUUUCGUUCCUCCACCUGACAACCUCGAGAAUGGCGUCAGAUCAAGACUCUCUAUUGAUUUGUCCAUUCAGAAUGGAAGCCUAUACGCCAAUGACCACCAACUGUAUCCUCCAUCAGCGAUAAUGCAACUCAAUGCGCCCCUCUACGACGGCCUAGACCAAAUUGAUCCCAGUGAUAACACUGCGGAAGUAUCCUACACGCUCGAGACUCAACCACUCCCCACAAACGAAAUAGGGUCUAUGGCGGAUAUGAUCCGCGUGCGAAUCGAGUUAUUCGAUCUGCAGGGCAACCUGGUGUCACCGGACGCAGUAGCCAUCGACCUUCUCGCCUACCAAAAUGGAAAGUACGGCAUGACCCGCAUCCGUGUCGAACCAGCUCGCGGCAGCGAUCAGGAUGAUAAUACCCACCAGAAGAGCCAGUCGUGGGUGGUGAACUACUGGAGAACACAAUUCGGUUCCAUUUUCGAGAAGCCGAGGACCAAGUCUAGGACCACGACGCAAACCCACGAUUCGGCCUCAGUUACGGAAUCUUCCACCCAGAAUGGUGCUACCAAGGUCAUCACCAGUGAAACCGCAACCGAAUCGGGAUCUCAAACUCGUUUCUUUUCGUUCUGGGCUACUCCGGCUCACCUCCACCACCACGCUGAACACCGUCGGCCUCACCACAAGCACCACCCCAAGCACUCCUUUAUGCACAUGAUCCGUCCCAUCAUUCUUCCUGCUUUGCUGGGUACUGUUGCUGGGCUGUUGGCCUGUUUGGUUGGAUUCUUCUUUGGAAGCCUGUUGAUGUCCUUGGCGGUGCGCUUUGGAUGGCAAAAGGUACUAGGCCACAAAUCACGGAUUAUCUCAGUGGAAGAAGGCAUAGUUUCUGAGAAGGCCCUCAUGAUGCCGCAUGUUUACACGACAGAAGUUUCCGAGUCGAAUGUAUGA